GGAGACGAACGCGACGCGCGUCUCUUCCGCAAACGAAAACGCAUUUGCAAUCGUAUUCGCCUAAUAACGGUUUCGAUCGGCAGCCGCUCGUUUGACGGGUAAAAAUACGAAACGCGCGUGCAGAGCGUAUAAUUAAACGCGUUUUAUAAUAACAAACAUAUGAGAUAUAUUCGUGCAAUAACUGUUCGUACAUGAGCGCGAUUUCGCCGCGCCGCAGCUCCGAUCCGACCUCGAAACAGUCUCGCGCCGGUCACGACACUCCUACGCAGGUAGGUACACAGCAGCUGCAGCACGCCGCGCCGCCGGCGUUGUCAUCGCAUCGAAACGGAUCGUAACCGCAUCGUCACGGCCACGGCGGACUGCAAACCGACGAUGACGUGCGCGUUUCACUAGACGGUGCAGGUUGUCCGGUGGUGCAGCGCGCGAACGACGGCGACGACGACGACGACGACGACGACGACGACGACGACGACAACACGCGCGGCGGCCAUCGCAUGUCGUACAUGUCGCCGAGGGACGUGAUCGGCGUCCGCGCCGCCGGCAGCAUCAGCAUGUCGCCGGGUAGUUGCAUGGAAGCGCUCAGCGAGAACUCGGCGUCGAGCGCGGCGGCCGCGGCGGGCGGCUCCGUCACCGUGUCCGACUUUCUGCAGACCAAGCGCAGCCUAUCGUUCUCGUCCGAACAGGUAUCGUGCAUGUGCGAGGCCCUGCAGCAGUCUGGCGACGUCGAGAGACUGGCCAGGUUCCUGUGGUACCUGCCGCCGAGCGAGCUGCUCCGCGGUCAAGAGACCGUCCUCCGGGCCAGGGCUCUAGUGGCGUUUCACAGGAAUGCAUUCCACGAGCUGUAUGCCAUACUAGAAAGUCAAAGCUUCGACUCAAGACAUCACUUGCAGCUCCAGCAGCUAUGGUUCAAGGCGCACUACCUGGAAGCAGAGAAGAUCCGCGGCCGAUCGCUAGGUGCAGUGGAUAAGUACCGGUUACGUAAGAAGUACCCGCUGCCAAAGACAAUAUGGGAUGGUGAAGAGACCGUGUACUGUUUUAAGGAGAAGUCGAGGAACGCGCUGAAGGACUGUUACCUGAAGAACAGGUAUCCAACACCGGACGAAAAACGAGAACUAGCACGGCGGACGGGCCUAACACUCACGCAAGUCAGCAACUGGUUCAAGAACCGGCGGCAGCGCGACCGGACGCCCCAGCAACACAGUGAUUUGCUGAGUAUUGGAAGUUCAGACAGCAGAAACUAUGAAAUGACUGACAUGCACGGUGUCAAGUCGAUGUGUUACCAGAGCGUGGCCUCGUCCACAGGUGGCGGAAAAAUGAGUUCCGUUGUAGCAGCCGCGGCUCUCAAAUCUGCCACGGCCACAGUGGUGGCCGGAUACCCGACAUCUGACACGGAAAUGUUCCCGUCCGAUUAUCCUUCACACCACCUCCAUCACCAUCACCAUCAUCCUCACCAACACCAUUACAGCAACAACAACAAUAACAUAAACAACAACAACAAUCAUCUCAGUCACCUAUACCACAACCACCAUCACCAAAUGCUCCAGCCCAUACCACAAACUUCGGCCGCAUCGCAUUCAUAAUGAAUUGAUGCUUAUUAAUUAUCGUAAUAUAAUAUAUUAUAAACUAUAUAAAGCAGUACCUCUAUCU